AGUGCCUAAUGUCCUCGUACAACAUGGCCAUUUGAAGAUAUAGAAAUUUAUUUUCCAACUUUGUUUAUUUUGUAAUAUUCUGAAUAAAUUAUAAAUUCAGAAUUUUAUUUAUUUUUUAUUUCCGGGGCCGUUCAUCUUCCCCGUCUGUUGUAAUCCGUACGAGAAUUGUAACAAUCUUAAGGUAGUAGUCAUAUCCGUGCACGAUGGCGGGUAUGGACGGAUUCGGUUUUGACGCUCACACCAGAAACGGGAGUAGUUCCGAGACUCUGGUUGUGAACAUUUCGGCUAGAUUGGGUGGCUCUGUUGGGCAGACCACUCUGAUCAACAUUCCUUUCGGAUCGAGUGCGGCCAUGGGGUCCACUCCGAUCACCACCUUCGUUGGAUCGAGCGCGACUAUGGGGUCCGCUCCGGUCACCUCGGUUAUUGGACCAACCGCGGAUACGGCCGCAAUGGUCAGCCCACUCGGACCAAAUAUGGCUUCGGCCAUACCGGUCAUUCCCUCACUUGGACCGAACACGGGUGUCUUCACAUCCGCACCGGUCGGACAUCCUACUGUCAUGCUGCCUGCGAACUCUGUCAAAGAACCGGCAAAGUUCACAGGUGUUGGCUUUAAAAUAUGGCAGCAAAGGAUGUUAUUUUGGCUGACCACCCUCAACCUUGCGAGUCAAGCUGAAGAAUUGAUUCUCAUUUUUAAUGAGUACACUGAUGAGGGAAUGGGAGUCAGUGAGGCAUUCCAAGUGGCGGCAAUUAUUCAUGUGCUCCCGCCGACUUGGGAUGAGUUCCGGAGCUAUCUCAAGCUCAAACGGAAAGAAAUGACUUUAGAACAGUUGCUUGUUCGUCUCCGGAUCCAUGAAGAGGGUCUCACUCACGAGAAGAAAGUAGUUGUUGCUAAGGUCAAUGUGGUGGAGCAUCCCCCCAAAGAGGGUUCUUCCAAAGGGCCCAAGCCAAAUAAGGACAAGAAGAAAAUUGGUCCUAAAGGAGGCGUCGCGAAGCCCAAGUUCGCGGGGAAAUGCUUCAACUGUGGCAUUAUGGGCCACCGUUCUUCAGAGUGCCGCAAGAAGCCUCAGAAGAAGAAGCAGAAGAAGGAAGAAGCUCUCUGCUCGGAGCUAGAUGCCAUGGACCUUUGUGCUGUCGUGACAGAGGUCAACCUGGUCGGGUCUAACCCGAAAGAGUGCUCGUUCAAUCCCAAGGUCCUCAAUUGGGAGGACUGGGAAGAACGACUGGGAUCCAUGGGCUUCCUAGCCCUUGAUGGCAGGCCAGUGUUCAAAGAAUCUUCUCGGGUCACAAAAAAGGUUCUGGCCGAGUGGGCUGACCGGGUUAUAAAACCUGAAAGGGUUCAUCCGGAGCCCACGCCUGAGCUUGAGGACGCCUGCGAGAAACUUCUCAAGGGUGAUCCUGUGACCAGGAAGCCAUACGCUUACGAAGGCUGGGUGUACCGGUUACCCAACCCGGAUGGGGGUACGUCUGCGACCCAUGAUGCAGAGGAUGACCGGGCUGACUCCCCGAAAGACAUGAACUUCACCCGGUUCGUCAACCUUGAUGAGGAUGAUGAUGAAGUCCUCCAUGGCGACCAGCCUCUUUUCUCCGAGCCCCCUUCCUCUCCCCACAUGCCUGAAAAGGAAGGGGCUACCUCUGCCCGGUAUACCCCUCUCGAUGAGCUUAUCCGGGAUAAGAAGGCCAAUGUGCCCACUUCCAUAGUUGGAGAAGAAGAUUAGAGAGGGCAUGCAAGAAUAGUUGUGAUUAAUAGAUACCUUCGCAGUCCAAUUGAAGCCUUUCGACACAAAGAGAUGGGAAAUCUUAGAAGCCUCGGCCGUCGGCCGUCGUCGGUCCAGCAGAUUUUCUUGAUCCUUUAGCCCUUCUAGUACAAAAUUCAGCAUGUAUGGAUCACAAUAUGAAUGUAAAGUCAUGCUAUGCGCCUUCGAAUCAGUUCCUAUGCAGGUUUUAACAAUUAGGAUUCAUGUUUAGGCCAUAAGCAUUUAAGGAACUCAAAAAUCAGCUUAAACAUCAAGAAAAGAUUGCUGAUUUCUUCUUUUAAAAAAAUGACACUUUGGAUCAGAUUUUUUCUAAAAUUAGCACUUAAAGCUUCAAAAUCAGUAUGAAAACAUUACGAUUUGCUUCAAAAUAUUGCCCCCAAGCAAGAUAUAUCAAUUAUAGUUCAUAUUUGAAGCAAAGGAGCACUCCAAGGAACAAAAAUCAGCAUAUAAGCUAAUUAAAAAGUGCAGAUUUUUUUUUAAAAUUCAGCAAGCAUAGCUUAUGAAAUUCAGCAAGAACACCAUUCAAAUGAUUCAAUGCUUAUAAAAAUGAGUAUACACGUGUUGCAUACAUCAAAAGUGAAACAACUCAGCACUUAUGUCAUUCAAAUACAACAAGUAUGAUCAAUAAAAACAAAAAUCAGCAAGUAAAAGUAAUGAAUAUUAGUUUCAAAAUGCAAUUUUUAUGAAAAAUUGGCCAAAAGUCUCACAAAAAUAGCAAAUUGAGCACAAUUUCAGCAAUCCAGUCAAUAAAAAAAACUGCUUUAAGUUUGCUAUUGCUAUUGCAUUCGUAACCUCAAAAGCUGCUUUCAAAUAGUGUAGGUUUUUCAAAUAGGCAUUGACAAAUAAGAGCUGUUGAGAAAACAUCACCUAGAUUAUCCAAAAUAAGCAUAUGUGCUCUUUAAAAGUCAAAAAUCAGCAAAUAAGCAUGCUAAAAACAGUACUCGACGUGCAAUUUUUUUUUGAAUGGUACCAAAUUCUUCACAAAAUAGCAUAACGGGCACAAUUUUUAGCACGAACGCAAAGAACAAUGCUGAUUUCAUAUUUCUCUCAACUUUUUAGAUUGAAAACUUUUUGAGCACAUGAUUUGCGUUGCCUUUAUCAACAUGGUU